GCUCACCCUGUUGAUGCAACUGCUGUGGGCUACCACCUUCCAUCGUUGCCGAUCCCGCAUUGGAUUCCCCUCGUCGUGCAAUUGUCCGCGGGCUCUUUGUCUUGAGAGCCGAAUCGCUGGAUUUGGUGUUGUGUGGCGUGCGCGAUGCUUUUUGUGUGGCAGUGUUACUGUGCGGAAGUUGAGCCAGAUCUGAGGUCGCGGGCUUUGUGGAGUGUAGGAACGCAUGUGGUUUUGCUUGGGAGUGAGAUUUGAGAGCAAGGGAGGCUUGCAUUGGGGUUUUCUUGCCCGGGGAGGUGGAGAGGGAGUCGGAUCUGGUAGGGAAUCAACAGUAGCGGGAGAGGGGCCGCAUGUGGGAGUCUGAAGCGACAUUUUAGCUUCAGAGGAGUAUCGGCGGUGGUGAUUCCGCCAUGGAGUUUUACUUCUAUGCUGUGUUCGGAAUCCAGGUCAUACUCCUGGUAGCUUUGGAGUUUGGAAAGUCGAGCAAGGACCGGAUUACGACUUCCCCUGCUUUCAAUGCCUUCAAGAACAACUACCUAGUUGUGUACUCGCUUAUGAUGGCGGGAGACUGGCUGCAGGGACCAUAUGUGUACGCUCUCUAUGUCUUUUAUGGAUACAACAAGGGUGACAUUGGAAAGCUGUUCAUAGCUGGAUUUGGAUCCUCGAUGAUCUUCGGGACUGUUGUCGGAUCUCUUGCCGAUCGAUAUGGGCGCAAGAGGAUGAGUGUCAUCUACUGUAUCACAUAUAUUCUGAGUUGUUUCACGAAGCAUUCUCCAGCAUACAGAGUGUUGAUGUUGGGACGUGUGUUGGGAGGUAUCGCCACGUCACUGCUUUUCUCAUCAUUUGAGUCAUGGCUCGUGGCUGAGCAUUUUAAGAGGGGCUUUGAGGCGCAGUGGUUAUCACUCACUUUCUCCAAGGCUAUAUUCUUGGGCAAUGGGCUGAUUGCUAUUCUAGCUGGGCUAGUGGCAAACACUUUAGCGGGUACAUUUGGCUUAGGCCCUGUCUCUCCCUUCGACGCUGCAGCUUGUGUUCUGGCCGUUGGCAUGGCCAUUAUUAUCUCUUUUUGGCCGGAGAACUAUGGAGAUCAGACGGAAGGCAAAAGCUUCACGCAUCAAUUUACGCAGGCAGCUUCAGCUAUUGCUUCUGAUGAGAAGAUAGCCCUUUUGGGUGCCAUCCAGUCUUUGUUUGAGGGCUCCAUGUACACAUUUGUGUUCCUCUGGACACCAGCCUUGAGCCCCAACGAUCAGAAAAUCCCAUUCGGCUUUAUUUUUGCUACCUUCAUGCUUGCCUCUAUGUUAGGCAGCUCCUUGGCAUCUCGUCUCAUGUCACGUUCACACUUGAGGGUGGAGAGCUAUAUGCAGGUCGUGUUUGCCGUCGCUUCGGGUUCCCUCUGCCUUCCAGUUAUCAUCCAAUUCUUUUUGCCAGACUCACCCUCUGAUAGCAUUACCGCUGGGGGGCGACUAAACCUACUUGGUUUCUGUAUUUUUGAAAUGUGUGUGGGAGUGUUCUGGCCCUCUAUCAUGAAAAUGAGGUCCCAGUAUAUCCCUGAGGAGUCGAGAAGCACAAUCAUGAACUUUUUCCGCAUCCCUUUAAACGUUUUCGUCUGUGUUGUAUUAUACAAUGUCAGUGCAUUCCCAAUCAGUGUGAUGUUUGGAAUGUGCGCAAUAUUUUUGGCAGUGGCGGGUAUCUUGCAGCGGCGUCUCUUGAUGGUCUCCGAUAAGCACAGGAGCAGGUCAGUGGAGACGUGGGCGACUGAAAAAGAAAGUGAAGCUGAGCCCCUGAACAUUUAGGUUAGCCUGUAGGUGGUGCCCAAAGUAUAGUGUUACAUACAAAUAGGGGAAACUGUUAAAUCUUGUUGACCCCAGGUUAGCAUUCAUUGGGUGUAAGUGAUUUUUAUUGUGACAUCAAAUGGUAUAGUCUUUGAUUCUGUCAUGGCUUUUAACUCUGUUUUUCAUUUAUUUGAUAACUUUC